AUGAAGCCCCACCACCCUCUCGCCCAAGCCCCACCGCCCUCUCCCCCAAGCCCCACCACCCUCUCCCCCAAGCCCCACCACCCUCUCCCCCAAGCCCCACCACCCUCUCACCCAAGCCCCACCACCCUCUCACCCAAGCCCCACCACCCUCUCCCCCAAGCCCCACCACCCUCCCCCCCAAGCCCCACCACCCUCUCCCCCAAGCCCCACCACCCUCUCGCCCAAGCCCCACCACCCUCUCGCCCAAGCCCCACCACCCUCUCGCCCAAGCCCCACCACCCUCUCCCCCAAGCCCCACCACCCUCUCACCCAAGCCCCACCACCCUCUCACCCAAGCCCCACCACCCUCUCGCCCAAGCCCCACCACCCUCUCCCCCAAGUCCCACCACCCUCUCGCCCAAGCCCCACCACCCUCUAGCCCAAGCCCAACCACCCUCUCGCCCAAGCCCCACCACCCUCUCCCCCAAGCCCCACCACCCUCUCGCCCAAGCCCUACCACACUCUCACCCAAGCCCCACCACCCUCUCACCCAAGCCCCACCACCCUCUCACCCAAGCCCCACCACCCUCUCACCCAAGCCCCACCACCCUCUCGCCCAAGCCCCACCACCCUCUCACCCAAGCCCCACCACCCUCUCACCCAAGCCCCACCACCCUCUCACCCAAGCCCCACCACCCUCUCGCCCAAGCCCCACCACCCUCUCCCCCAAGCCCAACCACCCUCUCGCCCAAGCCCCACCACACUCUCGCCAAAGCCCCACCACCCUCUCGCCAAAGCCCCACCACCCUCUCACCCAAGCCCCACCACCCUCUCACCCAAGCCCAACCACCAACCCUAAAAAAAACAUAA